AUGUCUCUGCAAGCAAUGAGCUGGAUUCAGAAAAACCUUGGUAUUGAUGUUACUGGGGAGUGGUCGCAACAAGUAUCUUUAAACGUUGGUGGGAUUGUUUUUCUCACCCGUCGUGCUACAUUUCAGUCUCUCAGUGAUCACCCUAUAUUUGGUCCUAUAGUGAAUGGCACGGCAAAACGUGGCGAAGAUGGAUGUUUUGUUAUUGACCGAGAUGGGGUGACAUUUCGAUAUGUUUUAAAUUUCCUGCGAAGUGGAUCUUUACUUUUGCCAGAAUCUUUUGAUGAAUGGGAUCAACUACUCGAUGAUGCGAGGUUUUUCCAACUGCAAAAUAUGGAAAAGGCAAUACUCGAUCGGUUUGAGUACCAAAGAUCUUUGUUUCGUCGUACUUUGCCACAAGCUGUUUUUGUACAUUGGCCAGUUUCAGGUAGCAGUGGCGAUAAGAUUGUGAUUGUACCUCAGUUACCUGCUUUGGUUGUUCCUGAGGAUGGAAAUGAGGUAAGUUACCAGGGGGAACUUUUACGAAGUAUUGAUGAACUUAUCACUACAAUGCUAUCGGCAUAUGGCUAUGUAAUCCAGCACUGGAAUGAAAAGGAAGGGAAGGUAUUUCUCACACUUGAUAGUGCAUGA